AUGACCAUGAAAGAUGAUGAGUGGGAGGAGCUUCAACAAAAGAGUAGAGACUUUGCUAGUUGUUUUGUAGAAAAAAUUGGAGAGCCUAUCACAAAUAGUUUGUACUUGAAUGAGUUAUACCAACUCAGAAUGGAGAAAGUGACAACCCUAACAGUUAAGAAUGAGACUUUGAAGGUGGCAGAGGUUACCACAGUUAGUUUGGAUGAUGAGAAGUUCAAGAAGACAAGUAGCAGUAAUGCAAGUAGAGCUUUUAUUGCUAGUUCUAAUCAUGAUGAUGAUGAAAAAAAGAUAAAAGAUCCAUUACAAGAUGAAUGGUUAAUAGAUUCUACUUGCCUAUUCCAUAUUUGCUCAAAGAAUGAGUGGUUUAAUGUGAUUGAAGAAAAGAAAGGAGAGAAUGUGAAGCUAGCUAAAGAGAAAAAGAUGGAGGUCGAGCGUGUUGGAAGAAUGAAGAUCAAGCUACAUGGUGAUCGUGUGAAAUUGUUCAAUGAAGUGAGGUACAUUCCUAAAUUUGAAAGGAACUUAAUUUCCUUAGGUAAGAUUGAUUCUUUAGGUUAUGGUAAUUCAAUUCAGGGUGAAGUCAUAAGAGUUAGUCAAAGUGCUCUAGUGAUCAUGAAGGGUGAAAAGAUUAGUGCAAAAAAUCUUUACAAAUUGGAAGGAAGAACAUUGAUUGGAAGUGUAAUGCCCCAGCCACAGGAUCAUUACUGGCACUAG